ACAAAUCCUCUUCGAGAAUUCUUUCUUCCAUGGCUUUGGAAGCCUACGCUUCACGAAACGCAGACACAGUCCACGCCGAUGUUCUCUCCGAAGCCAGACAAGCUUGCUACAAGGCUCGGGAUGCUUUCUAUGCGUGUCUGGAAAAGGAGUCCAACAAGACACCCACGGAGAUCGCUUCGGUUGGACUGCUUUACCCAUCUGACUGCAAAGGAUCGAGGGCCGAUUUUGUCAAACACUGCCGGGCAUCUUGGGUGAAGCAUUUUGAUAGGCAGUACUGUCGGAACCAGAGGGUGCAGAGGCUUUUGGAUGACAAGGACUCGAGACGAGGUCCGUUGACGCUUCCGCAGCCUUACACUUUCAAGCCUCCGAGCUAAGAGUUUUUAUGAGCAUUUGGCUUUCUGGGUUUUUUAAAGCUGUUAGUUUUUCCCGGCAUUGAUGAAUUUUCACUUGUACAGCUAUCAAUCAAAGUAUAGUAUACAUUGCCUUUGAGUUUGAAAUCUAAACCUAUGAUGGUUAAUUAUAAAUCAUUGCGGGUAUUUUGUUAA